AAACAAGCCAGUUAUCUCUCACCCAUUCCUUGACGAUGGCAAGCUCAUCAGCUUCUGCUAGACAUCUGAGAAUGGCGUUCUCGAGGAAGGCCGUAAUCAUGUUGCUCCUCACGACCUUGGCAUUCCGCCAUUCUCAGGCUUCAUCCAAGGGAGCCACCAUCACGGAGAGGAUACAGCAUGGCUUUACGGAAGUCACAACUACUGCUGAGAAGCUCAAGAUUUCAGCCGAGAAGAUCGACAUAUUCAGCGCCCCCCAACAGGGAAUCAUUAUCGCUCAGGGUCUAGCAGCCAUCACAGAAAAGGUUGGUCAUGGUAUCGAAAAGAUGACCCAUGAGACAUUACCUGCACUUCCAAACGCUGAUGCAGAGGUCGUUGUUGACUCUCUCAAGGAGUUUGUGAAAGCUCACCAGGCAAUGCUAAGAGUUCUCAUGGAGAAGAAUGAGCUCCCGUCUAUAAUUGCCUCCUUCGAUCAUAUCAAGAUGACGCUUGUAAACAUGGAGGUCGCGUUCGAACUCUUUGCCUUCGAUCUGAUUGCGCUCAUUCCAACCCAGAGGCGAGAAGCAGAGAAGCAAUUCGCUGACCUCCAUGACAUUCUGAAAGACACCUUGACCAAGUACAGCGUCCCCUUCAGGUCAGCUGAGUCAGAUGCUGCGCUCACCGCCACCACAGAGAAAAUCAUCGAAGGGCUCAAGACCGUCACGGAAAUGUCAGACCAACUCCGUGUAGCAACCAACAAAAUCAACAUCUUCAACGCUCCUCAGCAGGGCGCGGUAAUCGCCAGUGGAUUUGCAACCAUCAUUCAGAAGGUGUCUGAGGGCAUCGUCAGGGUGGACCGAGUCACUUCAGGUCCGCUUCCUGAUGCUGAUGCACAACUCGUAGUGGACGCCCUGACGACAUUCGUGCAGGUCCACCAGGCCUUGCUGAAUGUGGUGAUCGGCAAGCACGGCAUCCUCACGAUGAUUCCGUUCUUCGAGCCCAUCAGAAGGGCACUUGUGAGUCUGGAAGCUGUCAUCGACAGAUUGGCGUUCGACCUGAUUGCUCUAAUUCCUACUCAGAAAUCCUCCGCAACAAUUCAGUUCCAGAAGCUGGAUGUCACGUUGAAAGACGCCGAGGACACCUACAGCUUCCCGCUGGCAUCCGCUGAAUCUGAUGCUGCUCUCACUGCAACCACAGAGAAGAUCGUCGAGGGACUGAAGACUGUCACAGAUAUGUCUGAUCAGCUGCGAGUUGCAACCCAGAAGAUCAACAUCUUCAACGCUCCUCAGCAAGGAGCGGUGAUCGCCAGCGGAUUUGCAGUCAUCAUUCAGAAGGUUUCUGAGGGAAUCGUCAGGGUGGACCGAGUCACUUCAGGUCCGCUUCCGGACGCUGAUGCCCAGCUCGUAGUUGACGCCCUCACCACAUUCGUACAAGUCCACCAGGCCUUGCUCAAUGUCGUCAUCGGCAAGCACGGCAUCCUUACGAUGAUUCCGUUCUUCGAGCCCAUCAGAAUGGCACUUGUGAGUCUGGAGGCUGUCAUCGAUAGGUUGGCGUUCGACCUGAUCGCUCUAAUUCCUACUCAGAAAUCCUCCGCAACAAUUCAGUUCCAGAAGCUUGACGUCACGUUGAAAGACGCCGAGGACACCUACAGCUUCCCGCUGGCAUCCGCUGAAUCUGAUGCUGCUCUCACCGCCACCACAGAGAAGAUCGUCGAGGGACUGAAGACUGUCACAGAUAUGUCUGAUCAGCUGCGAGUUGCAACCCAGAAGAUCAACAUCUUCAACGCUCCUCAGCAAGGAGCGGUGAUCGCCAGCGGAUUUGCAGUCAUCAUUCAGAAGGUUUCUGAGGGAAUCGUCAGGGUGGACCGAGUCACUUCAGGUCCGCUUCCGGACGCUGAUGCCCAGCUCGUAGUUGACGCCCUCACCACAUUCGUACAAGUCCACCAGGCCUUGCUCAAUGUCGUCAUCGGCAAGCACGGCAUCCUUACGAUGAUUCCGUUCUUCGAGCCCAUCAGAAUGGCACUUGUGAGUCUGGAGGCUGUCAUCGAUAGGUUGGCGUUCGACCUGAUCGCUCUAAUUCCUACUCAGAAAUCCUCCGCAACAAUUCAGUUCCAGAAGCUUGACGUCACGUUGAAAGACGCCGAGGACACCUACAGCUUCCCGCUGGCAUCCGCUGAAUCUGAUGCUGCUCUCACCGCCACCACAGAGAAGAUCGUCGAGGGACUGAAGACUGUCACAGAUAUGUCGGAUCAGCUCAGAGUUGCAACCCAGAAGAUCAACAUCUUCAACGCUCCUCAGCAGGGAGCGGUCAUCGCCAGUGGAUUUGCAACUAUCAUUCAGAAGGUUUCUGAGGGAAUCAUCAGGGUGGACCGCGUCACUUCAGGUCCGCUUCCGGAUGCUGAUGCCCAGCUCGUCGUCGACGCCCUGACGACAUUCGUGCAGGUCCACCAGGCCUUGCUGAAUGUGGUCAUCGGCAAGCACGGCAUUAUCACGAUGAUUCCGUUUUUCGAGCCCAUCAGAUAUGCUCUUGUGAGUCUGGAAGCUGUCAUCGACAGGUUGGCGUUCGACCUGAUUGCUCUAAUUCCUACUCAGAAAUCCUCCGCAACAAUUCAGUUCCAGAAGCUUGACGUCACGUUGAAAGACGCCGAGGACACCUACAGCUUCCCGCUGGCAUCCACUGAAUCUGAUGCUGCUCUCACCGCCACCACAGAGAAGAUCGUCGAGGGACUGAAGACUGUCACAGAUAUGUCGGAUCAGCUCAGAGUUGCAACCCAGAAGAUCAACAUCUUCAACGCUCCUCAGCAGGGAGCGGUCAUCGCCAGUGGAUUUGCAACUAUCAUUCAGAAGGUUUCUGAGGGAAUCAUCAGGGUGGACCGCGUCACUUCAGGUCCGCUUCCGGAUGCUGAUGCCCAGCUCGUCGUCGACGCCCUGACGACAUUCGUGCAGGUCCACCAGGCCUUGCUGAAUGUGGUGAUCGGCAAGCACGGCAUUAUCACGAUGAUUCCGUUUUUCGAGCCCAUCAGAUAUGCUCUUGUGAGUCUGGAAGCUGUCAUCGACAGGUUGGCGUUCGACCUGAUUGCUCUAAUUCCUACUCAGAAAUCCUCCGCAACAAUUCAGUUCCAGAAGCUUGACGUCACGUUGAAAGACGCCGAGGACACCUACAGCUUCCCGCUGGCAUCCGCUGAAUCUGAUGCUGCUCUCACCGCCACCACAGAGAAGAUCGUCGAGGGACUGAAGACUGUCACAGAUAUGUCGGAUCAGCUCAGAGUUGCAACCCAGAAGAUCAACAUCUUCAACGCUCCUCAGCAGGGAGCGGUCAUCGCCAGUGGAUUUGCAACUAUCAUUCAGAAGGUUUCUGAAGGAAUCGUCAGGGUGGACCGAGUUACUUCAGGUCCCCUUCCGGACGCUGAUGCCCAGGUCGUCGUCGACGCCCUCACGACAUUCGUGCAGGUCCACCAGGCCUUGCUGAAUGUGGUGAUUGGCAAGCACGGCAUCCUCACGAUGAUUCCGUUCUUCGAGCCUAUCAGAAUGGCACUUGUGAGUCUGGAAGCAGUCAUCGAUAGGUUGGCGUUCGACCUGAUUGCGCUUAUUCCUACUCAGAAAUCGUCGGCAACAAUCCAGUUCCAGAAGCUGGACGUCACGUUGAAAGACGCCGAGGACACCUACAGCUUCCCGCUGGCAUCCGCUGAAUCUGAUGCUGCUCUCACCGCCACCACAGAGAAGAUCGUCGAGGGACUGAAGACUGUCACAGAUAUGUCGGAUCAGUCUGAGGACCGCAGAUCAGUCUGAGGAUUAUACUUAUCUUGUAGAAGGUUUCAACUUCACAGCGAUGGUAUGGUUCUCCAUGGAUGCUUUUAUGAAUCACGACUCUUUGAAGGGUCCAUACCCUUGAGGUAACCAUGUUCAUGGAGGAUACACCAUUCAGUAAAAUCUUCAAGCCUGAUUGAAAGAGAAGGCCCCCUUUGAGGAAUUGGUAUGACGAUUGCAUAGCAAGUGAAGAUGACGUGCUCAAUUUGUUCUAGCUAUCAUCGACUGUCGCAUCGUAUAGUAAUUGUGUGUUUUAAGUUUUUGUUUCCUUGAGUUAUAUCACAGCAGGUCUUAAAACAAAAUUCGGUAAGCUACUUAAAGUUUGGCUGCCCCGGCCGUGGUUAAUAUCACUUAUCAAGUAGAAGAGGAUGACAUACUCUCACAUUUCCCCAUGUGAAGAGCCUCAUUUUCAAUCUCUAUUAUAACCAAGAUUAUUGUAUGAUGUUCUGAUCA